CAGUUUAAGGUCGCAGAGCCUGGAGCUUACAGAGCAGCAGGCUUUCUGUCUGUCUCUCUAUCUAUCUAUCUAUCUAUUUAUCUAUCAGUCGCGUUUAUUCUUUCAACACACCCGACUCGUCUCGUCUCGUGCUUCGUGAAGCGGAUCGUGCACUUUCUCCGGCUCUUCUCUCGGUUUUGUUUUUGUUUUUGUUUUUGUUAUUUUUUUGCCUGCACGGAAUACCACUGACAUGUCCAGACCUCUGACCAUGAGCUCAACUUUUCUACCUCCUCCAACUUACGGAGUGCUCAAAUCUCUCCUCGAAUAUCCAAUGAAGCUACCACUGCACCACGAAGAAGUUUAUGACAAGGAGAAGAAGUUGGAGGAGGAGAAGAAUGUGCCGCAGUCCGCCUUCCUGGGCCCGGUACUUUGGGAUAAGACCUUGCCUUACGAUGGCGACAAUUUUCAGUUGGAGUACAUGGACCUUGAAGAGUUUCUGUCUGAAAAUGGCAUCCCGUCCAGUCUACCACAACACGAGCAAAGCCAGUGUCCUCAGCAGCAACAGCAGCAGCAGCAGCAGCAGCAGCAGACCCCCGUCUCUGUCAUGGACCUCAGCAACAGAGUCAGCACCUCCAUCCACACGAGCAUGGUCCCUCAGCCCUGCCUCCAGAGUCCCACACGAACAGUGUUGCCUUCAUCACGCAACACUCCUAGCCCAGUUGACCCAGAGUCCAUCCAAGUGCUGAUGAGCUAUGAGCCCGACCCAACAGACCUGGCUCUGUCCAGUGUGCCAGGCCAGGAAGCAUUCGACCCUCGCAAGUGCAGGUUCUCUGAGGACGAGCUUAAACCUAAACCAAUCAUCAAAAAGGCGCGCAAAGUCUUCAUUCCCGAUGACAUUAAGGAUGAAAAAUACUGGGCACGGCGCAGAAAGAACAACAUGGCUGCCAAGAGGUCGCGGGACGCUCGGCGCCUGAAGGAGAACCAGAUUGCCAUCCGAGCUGGUUUCCUGGAGAAGGAGAACUCAGCUCUCCGACAGGAAGUGGCUGAUUUGCGGAAGGAGCUUGGGCGCUGUAAGAAUAUUCUAGCAAAAUAUGAGGCUCAGCAUGGCCCUCUGUGAGGCCUACAGGCUUGUGUAAUGGGAAGGACGAUGUAACGGUGUAAAGCCCUUUCAACAUUUAAACCUGUUGACCAUCACCUCUGUCUGUUCUUGGCACUUUAGAGUUCUGUGUUAGUGUGAGGUCAUGUCUGAGUUACAUUUUUUAGCCAGGCUGUUUUUUUUUUUUUUUGUUUUAAACAGAGAUGUUUUAUGCUACUAGGAAUGUUUCUUUCUUAUUCAUGUAUUCUGUACAUGUUUUAGGAGUGUUGUAGCAUCUAAUUGUACAAAAAAAUCUUUUUUUGUUCGUCAUAAUAGUUACAUUUUACAGUUUUUAUUAAUAAAGUACAGUUUGCAGGCUUUAUAUGUUUAGUGAGUCAGCCCUCCAGUGUUCAAUCUGGUGAGCAAAAUUUACACUUAGGCCUCACAUUAGUUUUAAGUGUCUCUACAAUGGCCUGCUGUUUUCACAGAGAGAAUAAAUUAUAGAAAAAUAUAUAAAAAGGAGUAUUUAUGAGUAUGCUUUUUUAACAUGACAGUUUUUUAUUAAACUAUUUGACUGUGUAAGCUGUUACAUGAUUGUUACACACCAUUUCUCAUAUCCCAGUUUAUUUCAGAUUGGGAUUUGUGUUGAUAUAGAGCCAUCGUACCUCUCACAUCAGCAUGGUUUUUGAAUGCUUAAACCAUAUUUUGAUCUUUAAUCUUAUAUAUUUCAUUUUCUGGCUACAUUUAACAUUAUGUCUUACAUACCCACCUUUACCUUUUUCUCACUGUAGGAAUUAUAAUGAGAUGAAUUAUAACACUACACCUGUGGCAAUAAUUUUAUUGGCUUCUAUACUGAACAUUGAAUGGAGUUGGGACAUUUUGUUUAUUGAAAUAAAGGUAAAUGACGCUGCCAAGUUUUAUUAGCACUAGUCAUUUCACAGAGAAUGGCAGUGUGUUUGCAACUUGAUUAAUAAUCAUUAAAAAAAAGCCUCUGCUUGCCUUUUGGAGCCAAUGUGGUCAGAAUGUACAUGCAAGGUGAUUUUCUGUCUCUAUUCCAGACCAAAAGAAAGAAAAACAUCUAUGUAACGUUAUAUGAAAGUAAAAUGUUUUAAAUGUUUUACAGAGCUUUUCUUGUUUUUGUACAGUAUUUUCCUAUGAAUCUCUAAAGAUGUGUUUUAAAAGGUAUUUGAUGGAAAAAAAAGAGCUUUUAAAAUUUUUCAAGUGCUGUAGCUUGUUGGAAUUCUGCAUGGGCAUUAGUGAAGUAUAAUCCAAUCAAUUUAUCUAAUGCAUUAAAGUGAUUUCUGCAUUUACCAUCCAUCUGUUAUCUCCUUGUCAUACUGAAUCUAUUUUUAUGCAUCACUGAAAGGUGAACAAGGUCUUUUUUCCUCUUUUCUGCUGUUUGUACUAUUGUUAGGAUCAACACAGUCUGCAGUGUUUCUUGCUGGUAACAUGGUUUGUUUUGAAAGAUGGUAUUAUUAUGUGUUUGCUAUAUUGGUGAAAGCAGUGAAUGUUGACUGUGAAAAGAUCUUACGACAUACAGUAUACAGUUUAAUUAUAGCAUGUUUAUUUUUAGUAGAGUAUUUAUUGGCUUUAAAAAAUUAUUUUAUUGUCUGUUUAUUGUCUGACUUUUUUUCUUUUUCCUGUUUUCUUGCCCACAAUCAUGAUCAAAAUAAAUUCUUAACAAAGUGA